CCUUCUCCCAGUCAGCCUUGGAGAUGAGUGUCCCUGUCCCCACCGUGGGGCUCGGGGGGUUAAAACCGGAGCCAGGGCGCAUCCUGGCGCCAGGGCUCUGACCUUGGGUGGGAAGCGUGGACUUGAGCCGGCUCUGGUGCUGCUGGCCGGUGGGACGCGGGGAGCAUUGGCUCCGUGAUAAGAACAAGUACUCAGCUCCCGGCAGUGUCGCCGUCAUGGGGAAGGACUAUUACAAGAUCUUGGGCAUCCAGUUCAGUGCCAAUGAGGAUGAAAUCAAAAAAGCCUAUCGGAAAAUGGCUCUGAAGUAUCACCCUGAUAAGAAUAAAGACCCCAAUGCUGAGGAGAAGUUCAAGGAGAUUGCGGAGGCUUAUGAUGUCCUGAGCGACCCCAAGAAACGAGCCAUUUAUGACCAGUACGGGGAGGAAGGUCUCAAAACUGGAGGUGGCUCUUCAGGUGGCUCAGGGAACACUUUCCACUACACCUUCCACGGAGACCCCCAUGCCACCUUCGCAUCCUUCUUUGGAGGCUCCAACCCUUUCGACAUCUUCUUCACUAGCAGCCGCUCCCGAAUGUUCAAUGGCUUUGACCAGGAAGACAUGGAUAUCGAUGAUGAUGACGACCCUUUCAGUGCCUUCAGCCGGUUUGGCUUCAAUGGCAUUAACGGGGUUCACCGGCGGCACCAAGACUCCCUGCACAUGCGGAGGAAGGUCCAAGACCCACCCAUCAUCCAUGAGCUCAAAGUGUCCCUGGAAGAGAUCUACCACGGCUCCACCAAGAGGAUGAAGAUCACCCGCAGAAGGCUCAACCCUGAUGGCCGGACCAUGCGGACUGAGGACAAGAUCCUAAACAUUGUCAUCAAAAGGGGUUGGAAAGAGGGAACCAGAAUCACAUUCCCCAAAGAAGGGGACGCCACCCCAGACAACAUCCCUGCCGACAUUGUCUUCGUCCUCAAGGACAAGCCUCACUCACACUUCAAGAGGGAUGGGACAAACAUGGUCUACACAGCAAACAUCAGUCUUAAAGAGGCCUUGUGCGGCUGCAUCGUGAACAUUCCCACUAUCGACGGGCGGGUGAUCCCGCUUCCCUGCAACGACAUCAUCAAGCCAGGGACAGUGAAGAGGUUGCGUGGGGAGGGUCUGCCCUUCCCCAAGGCCCCCAACCAGCGAGGAGACUUGAUCGUGGAAUUCAAAAUCCGCUUCCCAGACAGAAUAGCUCCCCAGACAAGACAGAUCCUCAAGCAGCACCUCCCGUGCUCCUAGAGCCCGGGGACUCUCCUGCAAGCAGCAAUACUCCAAAUGCACGUGCCGCAGCACUUGGCCCCCAUGGAGCAGAGGUGCCACAGCACUUUCAAAUGCAAAAAAAGACCCCUCACACCACUUUCCUUCCCCAAAAAUCCCUCCCAACCUACCCUACAUCCGUCCCUCUCCCUACCCAUCCCUCUUGUCCUGUUUUUUCACUCCAGCAGCGGGGAGGCUUCUGCCCAUUGCAGCUCUCCCGGCUGCCAAACUUUUUAUUUCCCCAGAAGUCCAGCUUUUCCACCUCUCACGAAGAGCACUGUGGGCCCUUUGCCCAGGAUGGUACAUCAUGAUGUGGGUUUUGUUUUUCUUUUUUUUAAUGUCACCUGCUUUUCAGGCCACUUUUCCCACAAGAGGCUGGACUUGUCGGGGUCCGGCGCAGUGUAAAUAGGACUCCGCAGGAUCUGGUAUCCCCACUGUUAGUUUUUCUCUUCCCCCCCUUUGAUACUUGCUGCUGUUCGGGGUCCUGGCUGUACCGUGGUGCCGAUUGCUCCUGCCCAUGGUGGCCCCCCCAACCCCGUAGCCAGACUGUUUCUCACCUGGGACCAUGGUACCGAUUCUGACCACGGUCCGCUCUCCUGUGCCAAGCCUACAGCCGAACCUUGGCUGUGCCAAACAUGGGGAUGGUCCCGUCCGGCCCCCUGUCCCUCUGUCCCUGGUGCCUGUGGGCAGCAGCUGCUUGCACCCGCUGCCCGCAGAGCCCCAGCCAGCAGGAGGGGCAGGGAAAGCCCAGGGUGGAGCUUUCUUGUUCAGAUGUGUUGAGUGUGCAUUGCCGCUUGUUUUUUAAGUACAUAUAUAUAUAGAGCUCAUUAGAUAAACUCCGUAAGGGUUUUUUUUAUUUUUUUCCUCUGCCCGUUUUAGGGUUCCUGGUGUGAUGCACCCUGACUUUUUUCAGAUGGGGAUGGUUCAGCCACACGAACAUCAAGCCCAUUGCAGGGCAUGUGUGGGUGUAGCACAAAUCUGGGUGCAAACGCAGGGCCAAGCGUGAGCAGAGCUAUGGGUUUUACUAGUGUUUGAGUUCAACCUUAGGGUUUUUAAGAAGAAAAGAAAGGUGCACGUGUCUAUUUUUCUACAGGGUCGAUUCAUUCAGGAGGGGUUUCAGGGCGUCGGGGUGGAGCUGGGAGGCGCAUGAGGCAGUCUGCUUGGUGGAUUUGUUUUCAAAUGCUGUAUUUUUUUUAAAACCUUUGGAUUUCCAUCAGGAGAAUUUUUAUAUUUCUUACCUUACUCUGCCUCGUGCCAGUUUUUUUUUUUGCUGGGAAAGGGAUCCUAUGGAGCAGGAAGUACGUUCAACCUGGUUUUCUACAGCUCCUCUUCCACUGCAGCACCACCAAGAAAAACCCCUGCCAAAAUAUUCCAUCCACCCUGGGAAUCCUUCUCUUUAAAGAGAAGUUGCUGACUUGAAACGGGAUCUUUUGUGGCGGGGGUGAGCACAGAGUGUCCAUCAGGGCUGGGUGUGCAGUGUAUCAAGGGUGAGGAGUGCCAUUAGGCACUGCUUAAUUAAUUACCCAGCUUGGCUGGCAAGGGGAUGCUGCCAGUUCCCUCCGCUGGUUCCUGUGGAGUACGAUGUAGAGAAACCUGAUGGACACCGUGAGCGAGAAGACAGGCCAGUGCACAGAUGCAAGCUGCUUUGUUUUUCUCGGUUUCAAUGAGACCUGAAUGUUUUGUAGUGGGUUUUUUUUGUAAUUUUUUCUUUUCUUCUUUCUUCUUUCUUUUUGUAAUGUCAGUAUUGAGAAAAAAAAAAAUAAAACCGUUUAAAAAAA